AUGCAUCGAUCCUCUUACGCCUAUGCUGACAAUGUUGAACAAUGGCCCUUUGUCUCGCGGAUGGCCGCAGAAGCCCUGGCCAGAGGAGAUGGCCUAGAUGCCCAAGGCAUCAACACAUCUGGUGGGCCACGCCGCGCUGCAAGCAAGGUUGUCUCUUCUGCCCCAAGCCCUGCGCUUGUGGAUGUCGUACAGCAAUUGAACACCAUAUUAUUGACUUGGAUCAGACUUGGCUCCUAUUUGAUGCCGUAA